UUUUUAACAGCAUCAAGCUGUCAAAAGUCAAACUACCCAACUGUCAACUUUUGGCGCCAUCAAAGUAAUUUUUGUGUUUAAAAGCAAAAAAAUAACAGUCAAAAAUGUUGUGGGCCGAUAAAUACCGUCCUAAGGAUUUUUCGUCUCUCAAUUACCACAAACAACAAGCUCUCGAUUUGAAAAACCUGACCAAGGAUGGUGACUUUCCCCACUUGCUGGUUUAUGGCCCCCUUGGAGCUGGGAAAAAAACUCGAAUUAUGUGUCUUCUUCGUGAACUGUACGGGCCAGGUGUGGACCGUUUGAAGGUUGAGGUUAUGAAUUUCACCACACCGUCAAAUAAAAAGCUGGAAAUUAGUACAGUUGGAAGUAAUUACCACAUUGAAGUAAAUCCUUCAGAUGUGGGCAUUUAUGAUCGUGUUGUUAUCAUGGAUGUCAUCAAAAACGUUGCUCAAAGCCAACAACUCAACGCAAACACUCAAAGAGAAUUUAAAGUUAUUUUGCUAACUGAUGUUGAUAAGUUAACUAAGGAUGCCCAGCAUGCUCUUCGAAGGACAAUGGAGAAAUACAUAGCGAAUUGUAGGAUUAUUCUUUGUACCACAUCAAUUUCCAGAGUGAUUCCCGCUAUAAGAUCAAGAUGUUUAUGUAUAAGAGUUCCAGCUCCAACUAUUGAAGACAUAACAUCGAUUUUAACAAACGUGACCUCCAAAGAAUCACUGGUAUUACCUCCAGAACUCGCAAAACGAAUCGCUGAGACAUCAAACCGAAACCUCCGACGUGCUUUACUCAUGUGUGAGGCUUGCAAAGUCCAAAAUCAGAAAUUAAUAGCAAAUCAAAAAGUUCAAGAACCUGAUUGGCAAGUUUUCAUCAGGAAUAUUGGCAGUAAGAUUUUCAAGGAACAAAAAAUUGCUAGUUUGGCCAGAAUAAGGGAAAACUUAUAUGAAUUAAUUAUUUUUGGAAUUCCGUCUGAAAUUAUUUUCAAGACUUUAUUAAAAGAAAUAUUAAUAAAUUGUGAUAUGGAUCUUGGAAGAGAGAUUGUGGAACAGGCGGCUUUGUAUGAACAUCGCAUGGCACAAGGGAAUAAAGAAAUCUUUCAUUUGGAAGCUUUUAUUGCCAAGUGCAUGUGUUUGCACCAAACUAUGAUGCAAGAGCUCAUAGCAGGUGAAUUUUAGAUUUAAGUACAAUACUUUUUUAUGAUAAUAAAGUUAAUAAAGUGUAUUUGGAAAUUAAAA